GAUGUGGCCGCUGGCGGCGCUGCACGCGCUCGGCAGCCUGCCCGCCGCCGUGUUCCGCGCGCUGCUGCAGCACAUCGUGGACGAGCUGCCUGAAGACGGAAUCAUGGAUAUAUUAAAGGACACUGGUUUAUCGUCUCGUGAGGAAUCCGCCAGAGCUGCAGCAGCCAUUCGCUGGGUGUUGCGGCAGACUUGGCGCGGCGGCUGCGCCGGCUCCCAACUAACUCGUGAUCUCCUGGUACUCGGUCUGCCGAGGACACACGCCUCAGCGCUGGCCGAAGCGGCAGACAAUGGCAGGGAGGCGUAUGAGGCCAAAAUACUGACUAGCGGAUUCAUGGUCAACAGGCUGACAGACGUAACCACGAGCCCUGGACCCGAAGGAACAGUGGACACAAUAAAGCUAUCGCUACAUUCGGAGGAUGUCACUGGUGAACGCGCGCAGGACACCUUACUGGUUCACAAGUCGCAGGUGACGACCCUGCUUAAUGAGUUGAAGCAGGCGUAUCAGAAAAUGGAAGAGUUGGAUAAUGUGGAAUAGACGCACUUGUUAAUUAUACGUAGGUAUAUGUAAACUAAUAUUUAAUUAAAAUUAAGCUAUUGUUAAUUAUACAGUAUGUGUAAACUCAUAUUUUUAAGAUCAAGCUAAUAUUUAUUUGUAUACAUCGUGAGCCUCGAUAACCCGAUAGGUUUUACCCCAUAUUUCUGAAAAAAUAUUUAUCUAUUCAUUAAGUCAUUGAUCUCCAUUACUUGAUUUGCUUAUGUUUUUAAAUAAAUAAUUUGCCAUCGGAAUCUGUGGUUAAAGUAUAAUUAAGUACCUACUGGCGCCUAAAGUUUUUGACAGUAAAUGACUCAUAAUAUAAUUAAACGACAUUCCAAGA